CAGUGUGUCUAAGGGCUGUUUUACUCAGUUCAACAGUGUGUCUGAGGGCUGUUUUACUCAGUUUGACCAGUGUGUCUGAGGGCUGUGUUAACUCAGGUUAACUGUUUGUCUGAGGGCUGUAUUAACUCAGUCUAACUGUGUGUCUGAGGGCUGUGUUAGAGGCAGAUUCAGAGAGAGACAGAGUGAUGUCCAGCAGUCCUAAUGCACCAGUGAUGUAUGCAGACCUGAAGACUGAGACAGUACAGUGGAUUCCUCCUCAAGCAAACCCAGCAGCCAGGCCUCCUGAGGACCCCAUCGCCCCCCCGCAGAGGCGUCCGGCGCGCUGCCUGCCCUGGUGCCUGCUGGUCCUGCUGUGUGUGGAUGUGUGCCUGCUGCUCGCCGGGCUGUGCUGUGUUUCAGGUAUGGCGGCCCAGCAGCUAGCUGUGAGUGGGGAUCUGACUGCAUUGAAAUUGCAAGUGGAUUCCUCAUUCCAAAUGGCACAGAGGACCAUCAGUGACUUACAGGAGGACUGGGAUACAAGGCUGCACACUGCUUCUCUCCAGAAGAUCCGCAAUGUUUCGGAUGUCCUGAGGCAAUCCAGUAUUCCAGCCCUCCUGAACUCUUCUGUCCUGGGCCAGUUUUGCCAGAUGACUCCUAGAGAAACUGGUAACACACCUGUGGACAGCAGGCCAGGGUACAGCUGCUCCCUCUGCCCUGCGAACUGGUCGAGGUUCAGAAGGCACUGCUACCUGGUCUCCACGGAGACGGGGACCUGGGAGGAGGCGCGGGAGGCCUGUCUGUCUCUGAACGCCAGGCUGCUCGUCAUCAACAGCCCCGCAGAGCAGGAAUUCGCAGCCACGCUCUCCCCCCAUCUCCAGCGCUGGAUCGGGCUGAGCGACACCGAGCAGGAGGGCCAGAUGAAGUGGGUUGACGGAACUGUGUUGGACCUCAAUGUGACUCGAGGGCUAUGGAACACGGGCCAGCCCGAUGACUACCAGGGGCGGGAGGACUGCGUGCACUUCGUCCCCGGCUCGUCCAGGUGGAACGCCCUGUCCUGUGAGGAUCGCCUGGCCUUCAUCUGCGAGAGGAGGCUCCUGUGACGCCGGCGCAGAGCCAACCCUUAGCGAUUAGAAAACUCUAAGCAUGUCUUUGUCUUUGAGGGUGUGGGAGGGGGGGAGAUAGUGCUUUGGGCCUGUAGGAUGAAAGGCGCUGUAUAAAUGUAAGGUAUGAGAGACACACAGACACAGGAGGCCUGGGCCUCACUGAGAACCGUCCGCCAGCUGUGCAGGUGCUGACUGCGGGGCCGAGGCCGCUGGGAGCGAGCCCCCGCGCUCGGCGUGGCCGGCAGCCCAGCCCGGCCCGGAAGAGUGGGGGGGGGUGGUCUGUACCUCUCUGCGGUACGUGUCAGACUGAACCUCUGCGGUUGUUUUCGUUCGGUCGCUGGCUUUCGCACUUCUGAAGCAAUAAAAGAACAGCA